GUUUCUUCUUUUCUGGAACAGCAGCGGCGCGAGUGACUGGAGGGAAUCACGGAGAGUUGGGAGAAACGAGACCAUGGUGUCGUUGAAGCUUCAGAAGCGGCUCUCUGCAAGUGUUCUCAAGUGCGGAAGAGGAAAGGUGUGGCUCGACCCCAAUGAAGUUAACGAGAUCUCCAUGGCCAAUUCCAGACAAAAUAUAAGAAAGCUGGUUAAGGAUGGCUUCAUAAUAAGGAAGCCAACAAAGAUCCACUCUCGGUCUCGGGCACGCCGCAUGAAGGAAGCUAAAAGGAAGGGACGCCACUCUGGAUAUGGUAAGCGCAAAGGUACAAGGGAGGCAAGGCUGCCCACUAAAAUUCUCUGGAUGAGGAGGAUGCGGGUCUUGAGGCGCUUGCUGCGCAAAUACCGAGAAGCAAAGAAGAUUGACAAGCACAUGUACCAUGACAUGUACAUGAAGGUGAAAGGUAAUGUGUUUAAGAACAAGAGAGUGUUGAUGGAGAGUAUUCACAAAUCCAAAGCUGAAAAGGCAAGAGAGAAGACAUUGUCUGACCAGUUUGAAGCAAAGCGAGCUAAGAAUAAAGCUAGUAGAGAGAGGAAGCUUGCUAGGAGGGAAGAGCGUUUGGCACAGGGCCCAGGAGAGAAAGCACCUGCAGCACCUGCCGAGGUAACAAAGAAAGCCAAGAAGUGAGAAAUUCUCUAGGUGGGAUUCCAUACUCGAGUAUGAAGGUUUCCCCCCCACACAGAAUUGACUCGUACCUUUUCUAAUAUGCAUUUCCUUUGUUACAGUGGAAAGAAGUUGAGGUAAUUCAGGUUGUGAAAUGUCAAGCAGUAGUCAAAUUUUGUUUUGUUUUGACUGAGAAAUUAGCCUUGUGGCACUAAGUGAACAAAUUUAGCAGAUAUAUAUAGUUAAGUUUUUCCCUUUUCCUUUUCCUUUUAAGUUUUGAAUCUUGUUUGGUACCAUGAUUCUAAUUGGCUGGGGGUGGCUUAUAUUUUGAUGA